CGGCGGCUCAUGCAGUGGGCACACCUGUGCUAUCGAUGAGAUGUGUGUUCAGGCAGGGCAGACGUACAUUUGUGUAAAGCAUGAUUAUGUAACUGCGAGGUGCCAAGAGGAAUGGGGACGUACAGACGAUAUGUGUUUUUUUGUUGAAUUGGAUACUAAGAAUUGGACAGAAGCCAAGGAUUAUUGCGCCAGCACUGGGGGUGAACUGCUGACGUUUGUAUCACAAGAGCAAUAUCAACAUCACAAAGGAUGGCUCUUUUUCCGGGUAGAUUUGCUCACCAGAAAUACUACAACAUCGGGAAAGAUUUGGACAGGGCAGGCGUAUACACUAAACAUGCCACGGUGGAUGCCUAUCGAAACCACAGCGACAAAUGAUAGUAACCUGUGUCUGGGAUUGCCAUAUAACCGGACAGGUUUUGAAAACAGCACAGUUCACAUUGGACCUAUGGAGGCUGUCAGUUGCGAUGAAAACAAUGGAUUUGCUUGUCAACAAAAAGCUCCUGGUUAUUGGCCAUAACGGAAUCAACGAGGUGCGAUUUGGUGAGGAUGAAUUUCUUGUUUUCCAAUACACUGUGAGACCUACAAUUGGGCGAUGAUAAGUGUAUAAUAUGGAAGGACGAUGAUUUAUUUUGUACCCGAUUUGAUGUCACUGUGACAUGCCUGCCACAUGAUAUUUGACUUCGCUCGCACUAGAUGUUUUGAUGGACGAGUCCACCUCCGAUGAGAGUUAGAAUAUGUUUCUUUAAGCAUAUAGACAUCGUGUCUUUGUAUAUGAAGACAACAAGUUUUUACAUAUGUAGCCUAUACACGACCAAGGGUUAUGUCGAUAAGCUUUCCUUACUUAUUAUUAUCUUAUCUAUGUUGUUUUGACACAUAACGUAUAGUGAUCAUGAUAUUAAUGUUGAUUCAAUGUUGAUACAUGUAUUUCAUUAUAUUUUCUGUCCUAGUUUUACAAUUCUAAAAACCUUCCCAUACUUUCUGAAAAAAAUACUUAUGUAUUGGGAGAUUUUAUUUAAUGUAAAAUGUGAGUUUCGUAGACAUUAAGAAAUUCAUAAUUACUUUUUCAAAUCUUCAGUUUACUUCUCACUGUCCGAACCGGAAGCAAAACUAAACACCAAAUCUGAUUGAAAUCCGGAUUUGUUUUGGCUACUGCGGUUCUUCUUUCACACAUUUAAAAUAGACAACUCAAAUUAUAUAAUGUCGGUAUAAGUAAUUGAAAUUUAAUUACAAAUAGACUCGAAUCAAUGGUAAAUUAGAUUAAUAAUAUUUUGAAUACUGUUAUUUUUGUACAACUGAUAAGGAUGUACCACGUAUAGUAUCUGGUUAUCAUACUGGUAUAACGAGACAAGAGGUAUACGUGGAAUAUAUUUUCGUUUCCGAAACCUUCAUAGUCGUUUUUACUAGAGCAGAAAUAGUGACUUUCAGAAUGAUAUCCUCGUCGUAGCGGUUUAAUGAUACGAAAUUAAAAUAAAAUGUAUGUGUUAAUGCAAAUACAUUGUAUCCGUAUGUCGUAAAAUUGUUUACAAUUGUAUAAUUUCUGAUUGUUUAAAAUUAA